AUGCCUCCUACUUCAAGAGGAAUAUUAGGCCUGUUUUCAAGGCCAUGGCGACCAAUAAGGCUACCAAACCCCGUGAGAAAUUAUGCACGAGCUGCAGCCAUUCCUAAGGUGCAAACAGCGGCUGUGGCGAGAGCUCCUCAGCCCAUUGUUUUGAGGGAAUACCAGGAAGAAUGUAUUCAAGCAGUGCUUUCUCACAUAGACCAAGGUCACAAACGUAUGGGUGUGUCUCUAGCUACCGGAAGUGGGAAGACUGCAAGUACAUUCAUGGUGAUCUUUACCCAAUUGAUUGAUCGAGUUCAACCGCAUGCUAAGAUUGCAACCCAAACACUAAUAUUAGCCCACCGACAAGAACUGGUUGAGCAAGCAGCUCGUCACUGUGAAAAUGCUUACCCAGAUAAACGAAUCGAGAUAGAGAUGGGGAAAAUGCAUGCUAGUGGAUAUGCAGACAUCACUGUGGCAAGUAUUCAAAGUAUUGGAUCUGGUGACCGGAUCGAAAAGUUCGACCCUACCCGUUUCAAGCUGAUACUUGUUGACGAAGCACAUCAUAUCGUUGCACCACAGUACUUGAAGACCUUGGCUCAUUUUGGUCUCUCCGAAAAGCGGGAGAGCUCCCCUACUCUCGUAGGCGUGUCGGCUACUUUGUCUCGUACUGAUGGAUUAAAGUUGGGCGCUGCUCUUGAUCAGAUUGUGUAUCACAAGGAUUAUAUUGACAUGAUUGAAGAUAAUUGGUUAUCUGGGGUCAUCUUCACUACCGUACAAUCGAAAGCUGAUGUUUCUUCCGUGAGGAAGGGUCCAAAUGGAGAUUUUCAGGCUGGAGAAUUAUCGCAGGUUGUUAACACCGAUGAAAUCAACGAACUCACCGUGCGAAGUUGGUUUGCAAAGGCCAAGGGAAGGAAAUCGACAAUAGUCUUCUGUGUCGAUCUUGCUCACGUGGGAGGCUUAACCAAUAAGUUCCGUGAACAUGGAAUUGAUGCACAAUUUGUGACAGGCGAUACUCCAAAGAUUGAGCGGAGUACAAGGCUCGAUGCUUUCAGGAACGGUGAGUUCCCAGUGUUGGUUAAUUGCGGAGUCUUUACUGAGGGGACUGAUAUUCCGAAUAUCGACUGUGUGUUAUUGGCAAGACCUACUAAAUCGCGCAAUUUGCUCGUUCAAAUGAUCGGCCGAGGUAUGAGAUUACACCCUGGGAAGGAGAAUUGCCACAUCAUUGAUAUGGUUGCCACUCUCUCGACUGGUAUCGUAACGACGCCAACCCUCUUUGGCCUUGAUCCUUCCGAAGUCGUUGACGAAGUGAAACCGGAAGACAUGAAGUCUCUCAAAGAACGAAAGGAAGAGGAAGAGGAGAGAAAAAGAAAGGCCGAAGAAGCAGUAGCCAAAGAUUCGCCGACAUCCGCAAGCUUUAACAUCAGAACUGUGAGCUUCACCGAUUAUGAUUCUGUCUAUGACCUCAUCGAGGAUACCUCUGAGGAACGACAUAUCAGAACAAUCUCCCCCUUUGCAUGGGUAUGUGUUGGUCCGGACAAAUAUGUUUUGUGUAGUGCAAAUGGUACUCACAUAAAGAUUGAGAAAGUGCUUCAAGGGCAGAAACAGAAGUUCGUCCUUACCGAGACCCUCGCCUUGGCAAGUCUAAGGGCUUCCAAGUCUAAAUCACCAUUCGCAAAACCGCGCGAACUUGUCAUUACAGAAAACAUGUUAGAUGCUGUUCAUGCGGCUGAUACUUAUGCGAACAAAAGAUUUCCUCUCCAAUUUAUCAAUCGAAGGGCUCCCUGGAGAAAUGGACCUGCUACAGAAGGGCAGUUGAUGUUUCUUAAUAAGAUCCGCCCACAGGAUGAUCAACUAACCCCUGCAGACCUUACGAAAGGCAAGGCAGGGGACAUGAUCACAAAACUCAAGCACGGCGCCAAGGGAAGAUUCUCGAGUUUGGAGGCAGAGAGGAGACGAGCCGAUAAAUCGCAGUCGAAGCUAAAGCAGGACGCUAUUUUAGCAGAGAGACAAAAGGUCAGUGUUGGGCCACUAAUGAGCUGA